UUUAAAAGGCAGCGUGAGACUCGCGCCCCGCACGGAACGAGCCGGGCGACGGGUGUCGCUGGAGAGGACUCGUCCGGGCUGCUGCGCGUCGGCCUGAGGGGGGCAGGUUUACAGAGGAGACGAACUUCUUCUAGAUUUUUUUCUCAGUUUCUUCUAUAAAUCACAACAUCUCAAAAUGGAGGCCUAAAAUCCUUAAAAGGGACUUAGCCUACUCUCGGGAGGUAGUUUUGUGCAUGAAUAAACAAAUUAAUUAGUUAACUAGUGUUUUGCUAUAGUAUCCAAAGAAUGUUAAUUUAAAAAAUACAAUCAAGUUAUAUGAGGUGUAACUAUAAUGAGGUUGAUUUUGAAUUUGAUUUGUGGAAGUAAAGGAGAAGGGAUUAUAGCUGGGGCAUAUUACUGAAGCACUUUUUCAAAGUUGGCUAGGCAGUCUCCCACUGGCUGCUGUGUAGAAUAGAAAACAGUAUUUGUGUUUGGCAAAGUUUUAAAAAUGAGUGACAGUUAUCUAGAACAAAGAGUGAAUAUUCAGCCCACUGCGAAAUUAGAGAAAUAUGCAGAUGAAAACUUCGACAUGGUAAAAGACUUCUGCAAUGACAAAGAAUCUCAAGAACAAGACUUUUUGACAGAUACAACAAAUUUAGAGGAAGUAGGAAAGAUAAAUGUGAUGAAUGAUGAAGAAAUUAUUCAGUCAUUUCCAAGAACAUCAAUAUAUUUACAAGAAUAUCGAUAUAUUUUAAAAGUCUAAAAUUUAGUUCUUCAAAUGGUUUGUUGUCUAUGAGAAUGAUGAGAAUGUGAAUGAUUAUAUAAAGGACAUUUCCAGGGUCUAGCCAAUUAUACCAUCAGAAUGAGAAAAUAGUAACACUGAGUUGCUUCAAUAGCAUGAAGCUGAGUCCAAAGACCAAGUGAACAAAUAAAUUAAUCUCCGAUGAUUUAUUUAAAUAGAAUGUUUAACUUUUUAAGGUCACUAUGACUAAGCAACCGUGUUCCUGAUGAUCUAUGAGGAAGUAACUAUUACUUAAUAAGUCUUGAAACCAGGUUUUAAGAUGUGUUAACCAAUCCUGAUACUACUUAAGCUCUUUAUUUGAAGGGAAAUCUUAGGUUGUUUUGUUCUCCCUAUUAAAAUGAUUGUAGAAAUAAAAAGUACUAAUUUGAGAAAAAUUUGGGAUAUACCAUGUUUCAUUGAAUCUACGAUGUCAUCAGUUAUAAAUCACACCAUUAUUUUAUGUACCUCUAAGAAAUAAAAAUGCUGCUAAUUAAAACAUGAUAUGUCAUUAAUUGUAAGAUACCUUUCAGUAACAGGUAUUAAAACAGGCAUCUUAUAAUCAAUGAAAAAUGGUAAUGUAUUGUUUUCCCCCUUUGAGGUCUUAUCCUUUUUUUUUUUUUUCUGGCUACCAAAUUUCACAAUUUCCAAAAAGCAAAAUAAACAUAGUUUAAAUAUUUUUUCUGUGGGUACUUGUUUUCCACCAUGAAAAGAAGCUAGCUUUGUGAGUCAAACAUUUUAUUUUCAGGUUGGUUGAAUGCCACUGGAGUAUUCUAGUGGCCUGAAGAAGGUGACCUAGCUAUGGAGAUGCCUGACACUAAAUGGCAUCCUGACCACUUAAACACUGUACACUUCUAUUAAGGGUUUUAAUUUUCAUCAUAGAUUACUAUGUAGCAUCAUGUUUACAUUAUAUGUAUAAAGAUUAUACGAAGGUGCAGUUGUGCAUAUUUGUCCCUUAAAAUGUAUCAGUAUAGGAUUUAGAAUCUUUCCAUGCUGAAACCAUAAAUGCCUAGAAGAAAAAAGAAUGAAAGAUUUCUCAUUUUAGGUGUUCAACCUAGUACCAAAACUAAUAAAAGCAAAAGCCAUGCACAAAACUACCUCCCCAGAGAAAGGCUAGUCCCUUUUCUUCCCCAUCCAUUUCAUUAUGAACAUAGUAGAAAAUAGCAUAUUCUUAUCAAAUUUGAUGAAAAGCGCCAACAUGUUUGAAUUGAAGUAUGACUUUUCAUGUGAACUCUACAGAAUGUCUACGUAUUCAACUUUCCCCGCCGGUGUUCCUGUCUCAGAAAGGAGUCUUGCUCGUGCUGGUUUCUACUACACGGGUGUGAAUGACAAGGUCAAGUGCUUCUGUUGUGGUCUGAUGCUGGAUAACUGGAAACAAGGAGACAAUCCUAUUGAAAAGCAUAAAAAGUUGUAUCCUAGUUGCAGCUUUGUUCAGAAUCUAAAUUCAGUUAGCAAUUUGGAAGCUACCUCUCAGCCCACUUUUCCUUCUUCAGCAAGAAAUUCCACACAUUCAUUAUUUCCAGGUUUGGAAAACAGUGGAUAUUUCAGUGGCUCGUAUUCAAGCUUUCCAUCGAAUCCGGUAAACAGAGCAAAUCAAGAUCUUUCUGCUUUGAGGACAAGUCCCUAUCACUGUGCAAUGAAUACUGAAAAAGCCAGAUUACUUACUUAUCAGAUGUGGCCAUUGACUUUUCUGUCACCAACAGAUCUGGCCAAAGCAGGCUUUUACUACAUAGGACCUGGAGACAGAGUGGCUUGCUUUGCCUGUGGUGGAAAAUUGAGCAACUGGGAACCAAAGGAUGAUGCUAUGUCAGAACACCUGCGACAUUUUCCCAAUUGCCCAUUUUUAGAAAAUCAGCUUCAAGACACUUCAAGAUACACUGUUUCUAAUCUGAGCAUGCAGACACAUGCAGCCCGCUUCAAAACAUUCUUUAACUGGCCUUCUAGUGUUCUAGUUCAUCCUGAGCAGCUUGCAAGUGCAGGUUUUUAUUAUGUGGGUCACAGUGAUGAUGUCAAAUGCUUUUGCUGUGAUGGUGGACUAAGGUGUUGGGAAUCAGGAGAUGAUCCAUGGGUGGAACAUGCCAAAUGGUUUCCAAGGUGUGAGUACCUGAUAAGAAUUAAAGGACAAGAAUUCAUCAGUCGAGUACAAGCCAGUUACCCUCACCUACUUGAACAGCUGUUAUCUACAUCAGACACUCCAGAAGAUGAAAAUGCAGAGUCACCAAUUAUUCAUUUUGAACCCGGAGAGAAUCACUCAGAAGAUGCAGUCAUGAUGAAUACACCUGUGGUUAAAGCUGCUUUGGAAAUGGGCUUUAGUAGAAGGCUGGUAAGACAGACAGUUCAGAGUAAAAUCCUAACAACUGGAGAGAAUUAUAAAACCGUCAGUGAUCUUGUAUUAGAUUUGCUUAAUGCAGAAGAUGAAAUAAGGGAAGAGGAGAAAGAAAGAGCAACUCAAGAAAAAGAAUCAGAUGACCUAUCAUUAAUACGGAAGAACAGAAUGGCACUUUUUCAACAGUUGACUUCUGUAAUUCCAAUUCUGGAUAGUCUACUAACUGCCAGAGUGAUUAGUGAACAAGAACAUGAUGUUAUUAAACAGAAAACACAGAUAUCUUUACAAGCAAGAGAACUGAUUGAUACUAUUUUAGUAAAAGGAAAUAUUGCAGCCACCAUAUUCAAAAACUCUCUACAAGAAUGUGACCCCACAUUAUACCAGCAUUUAUUUGUACGACAGGACAUAAGGUAUAUUCCCACAGAAGAUGUUUCAGAUCUACCGAUGGAAGAACAAUUGCGGAGACUACAAGAAGAAAGAACAUGUAAAGUGUGUAUGGACAAAGAAGUGUCCAUAGUGUUUAUUCCUUGUGGUCAUCUAGUAGUAUGCAAAGAUUGUGCACCUUCUCUAAGAAAAUGUCCUAUCUGUAGGGGUACAAUCAAGGGUACAGUUCGUACAUUUCUUUCAUGAGGAAGAUCGAAAACUUUGUCUAAACUUUAGAAUUCAUUUUCAGAAUGUACUAUAAUUUUAACUUUUAUACUGAUUUGGUUUCCUUAAAUUUCUUUUAUUUAUUUACAACUCAGAAAAUUAUAUAUUUUAUAUAUAUAUGAAUAAUACUUUUGUUCUUGUGAACAAAAAAUAGAGCACUACAAACACAAUACUCACUCAGAAUUUCAGCAUUAUUGAAGUUUUAAGUGAAGUAAAAUUUAAGAUAUUUGAGUUUAUUUGUCAGAAUUUUAAAUAUUUUGGAGUUGUAUUAAGAACCAGGAAUACAAUUCUCUGCCUUUUUUGAUCAGUGUCCCAUACAUAGAAAGUCUUCAUAUUUGUUGAAUGACUUUAUAGGGACAUGGUGUUUUUGUAAAGAAUUCUGUGAGGAAUAAUUUAAUAAAGCAACAAAAAAUUA